CUGUAAGACUAGAAUGAACCAAUCUGAUAAGGCAGUUGCCAUGAUACUUCCACAGCCAACCACGUGGCAGACUCUAGUCCUCACGCUAACCUUCAAAAAUUUUAGCCAUAACCUUACUCGUCAAAAAAACAACAAAUUUUUUUGCAAGAGAAGAUAUGGCACAAGCGAUCCACAUAGAACUUCCUGUCCACGUCUCACUCACGGCCACUCAAAAUCUUCAUAUUCUCUUCCCCUACUAUCUCAACCACAAGUCUGCCUCUCCUCUCCGCAUAAAUUAUCAGCCAAAAGCUUAGCUAGUCACCCGCUAACGACGCACUUGGCACUUGCUCCACUAUGGGCUGCGCAAACUCAAAACGGCUCGACUCUGCGGUGGCCGCCGAAGUCUACCACCUGCCUCCAAGUAGCAUCGCCCUCUUCGACAUCAGCAAGAUAGAAGAGCCCUGGCUCCUCACCACCGGCCCCGUUCACGAACCCAUUGACGACAAGCCGCCAAAGCCUGGUCACGUGCCCCUCUCAUUGCUUGAGAAGCUCGACUCCUUUGAACUCGCCCCCAAACCCUGGUCUGAAGUCAGCAAGGCAUUGGAAGACCUCAAGCCGUCCCUCCACCAAACCUUACCGCCAGCACAAGCCACUGCUAAAAUACGUCCCUCAUCCCUUCUUCCUAGCAACAUCGGUCACGCCUCUAUAUCGCCCCCGCGCCACCCGCCGCCAGAGCUCGUGGGUUUUCGAUCAGUAAAGGAGAACAGCUUCGUGGUGCGGGACCGACAGGAGCGGGAGGGCAAGAAGGAGGCAGAAGAGCUUCGGCGGUGGAAGAUCCGGAACCCGCUAGAGAGGUACCCGGAGAGACGGCCGCCAGGUAACUCUGAUGGAGUUGUGAUUUAUACCACAACGCUACGGGGAGUCCGGCGGACGUUCGAGGAUUGCGAGAGGCUGCGGCAGGUGGUGGAGGGGCAUGCUGUGGAGGCAGGGUUGGAGGUUGACGAGCGCGACGUUUCGCUUCACGGGGAUUAUUUGAAACAAGUGAGGGAGCUCGUCGGUGAGGGGGUGGUGGUGCCGAGGUUGUUCGUGGCAGGGAGGUAUGUCGGUGGGGUUCAAGAUGUGGUGGAGCUGGCCGAAACUGGGAAGCUUGGGGAGAUGAUGAGGUGGGUAGCGAGAAGGAUGGGAGGGGAAAGAGGAAAAGGGGGAAGGAGAGUCUGCGAAGGAUGCGGAGGGGCGAGGUUCGUGCCUUGUACGGAGUGCAACGGGAGCUGCAAGGUUGUGGCGGAGGACGGGAAGGGGGUGGAGAGGUGUGGGAUGUGCAAUGAGAAUGGACUUGCCAUGUGUCCUAUGUGUCAUUGAGUGGUCAAUGAACAAGUUCUUUGUAGAUCUUCACCGUUAUUAUUGUUAAGGAUUACAUUGAAAUAUGAGUCAAUGUUAAAUCAAAAUGAUAAAUAUAUUGCUCAUAUCAAAUGUAAAGAUCAAAUUUUCAUUUCAAG